CUCGUCUAACCUGUUGGCACAGAAUGCCCACAAAAUGGCGGAAGCGGAAGGAAGACUGAUAAUUCGUUAAAGGAAAAUCUGACUUAAAUAUCAAAGGAAAUGCGUUGAAAAAUUAUUGUAGCCCAGUGGCCGUCAAGUUUUAUCUCUACGACAUAAUAGGAGAGUCAACACCUGGAGAAUUCGGUGUUAUUUUGGAAUACUGAAAACCCAAUCAAGGCGUGGCAAGUGUUAUCGAUCGUCUAUUUAAUAGAUCGCAAUUAAAAAAGCUUCACUUAUGAAGGAUCGAGAAGAGAAUCUAAUUAGAUAAUGGAUUCCAGGACAGGAUAUUAUCUGCUAUUAAAAGAUGUCGAGAAUCCUGAGUUUUCGAGUGGUUCAUCGUGGUGGGGAAUGCUUUCAAGUUAUGUUUACACAUCUGAGGACGUCCCACCGUCUGAGAUGUUAGCUCUGAGAGGAGAGCUUCUAGAGGCUCGAAAACCAGAAGAACAACCCGAAGACACGAAUAAAAUUGCUCUUCGAGGUGUUAAACAGAUUUUCCAUCACGUUGAGUGCAAUCGUGAGGAUCUGAAAUGGUUAACGUACGAUGAAACUCAACUGUUACUUGCGGUGAACUCUUACUUAGAAAGAUGCAGAAUCGUAGAAGAAGGAUGUUUGGCUGUGGGCUGCAGCCUAGAGGAAGGUACUAAGGUAUCUGUAAGGAUAAAGGACAUUAAGAAAGACGUUUCAGCAAUAGUGAGGUAUAAAGGACCAGUAUCAUCAUAUGAUGGGACAAUGUAUGGUGUGGAAAUAUUGGAUCAGCGUUAUAGAUGGCAGGGCACAUGUGAUGGUACAAUUCAAUGCAAGAGAUAUUUUACUUGUUCACCUGGUAGUGGUUUAUUUGUUGCUUUGGACAAGCUUUGUUGUGGUAGCACCUCACUUCCUGAAAAGGAAGCAGGUAAAGAUGAAAAGGAAAAGUUAUUGCUUAAGGAAACGAAAGAACUUGCUGUUAAAGAUACAAAUAAAAAUGAGACGUGCGGUAUAGAGUCAAAGAAGAAAAACUUGUGUAACGAGUUAAAAACUUCUGAGGAAACACAAAAUAACGGAAUCUCUGACAACUGCGAGAAUGUGGAUGAAGAUUCCAUUGAUAAACUGAAUGAGAAUAAUUUUGAUGAGAAAUCUAACAAAGAAGUUGAAAAGGUUGAGCCUUGUACUGAUGGUGCUGAGCUGAAAUGUGUUGUUGAUGAUUUGCAACAGCAGCUCAUGAAAAUGAAAACUGAAUUGCAUGAAAAAGAGACAAAAUGGAAGCAAGAGAAUAUGGAAUGGGAAAUGAAACUGGAAUCACAGGCAGCUGCUCAGAAUGAGAAAAUAAUGUACUUAGAGAAGAUGGUCCAACAGGAACAAGUGGCAAGAGUAGAGGCAGAGGAGAAACUACUGGAAGAACAGAAAAGCAAGAGGCAGCAAAGAAAAGCGUUUAAUCGUGAAUGGGACGAAUUUGAACGUCGUUUGCUGGAAGAGAGAACUCUAAGAACUAAUAYAGAACAACAACUUACUCAGAUUCAAGAACAAUUCGAGGAAGAAGUCAGUCGGAAAGCUGCUUUGCAGGAACAACUUGAACAAUCACAGAGAUCUCUUACACAGAAAGAACAAGAUUUCGAACGACAUAAGCAGUAUUAUGAAUACCGUAUUCACGAGCUGGAAGCGGCCAGUCCGACCAACCUGAGCAAUCCGACAAACCCGACCAAAGAGGAACAUGAUGAUACUGAGCCCUGUGAUUGGAUAAUUGAUCGUGACGAAAUCCACGUGACCAAUAAGACUGUCGGUAAGGGAGCCUGGGGUCAGGUAUUCGAGGGAACGUUUCGCGGCUGUUCGGUAGCAGUGAAAAAAAUCCAUGACCUUAUACUAUCGCCACACAACCGAAGACUCUUUGAAAGGGAAAUGAGCAUAGCGUCACGCUGCCGGCAUCCUUGCUUGCUGCAGUUUAUAGGCGCCACAAAUGACAAUGGCAGCCCGCUAUUCAUAACUGAAUUACUAGACACAAAUCUAAGAGCAGUUCUUGAAACAAGAGCUUUAAAUGACCUUGAAGUCUUCUCCAUUGCUCUAGAUGUUGCUAGAGCACUCAACUACCUUCAUUUGAACAAACCAUUUCCCAUCAUUCACCGCGACAUCAGCAGUGCUAACGUAUUGCUAUGGAAACGUGAUGAUCGAUGGAGAGCCAAAGUGUCGGAUUAUGGGGCGGCGAAUUUUAUGAGACAGUGUAGGACAGUGAAUCCUGGAGCAGUGAUUUAUUCAGCACCUGAAGCGUUCUCCGUUCAGCAGACACCUAAGAUCGACGUGUACAGCUUUGGACUGUUGCUCUGCGAGAUGGCCAUCCGGGAACUUCCUGUCCCAGAUCAAACUCAAAGUCAACUCACUCUAGUAGCUAAUCCUGUGGUCAAAGACUUCGUUGUCCGAUGUACCAAAGAAAAUCAUGAAGAAAGGCCGACGAUGGAGGAGAUAGUACAAGACCUGACACCACAUUUGAUUCAGAAAGCUUGAAAUAUAACUGUGAUUAAUGUUAGUUUAACCGCAUAGCCAGACGUUACCGCCAUUUGCAUUGCUACGCGGCCACCCCAGACAAAAAUCGUGACGUGCACUUUGCAAUAGACUGCCGUCAAUCAAACACGUUGACGUCAUUUACACGCGUUUGG